AUGUCUUCCAGUGCAGCGACAGAGGGGGACCCCCAGCUUCGGAGAGUGACCAUCGUCACGGAAGCUUUAGAGAAGCCCUCUCUAGACGACCGGUCCUAUCGGGUCAUCAAACUCGGCAACCAGCUAGAAGCUCUGCUUGUACAGGACUCCAAAACUGACAAGGCCAGCGCCUCGCUCGAUGUCGGCGUCGGAAACUUUAGUGACGCCGCCGAUAUACCAGGUCUGGCCCAUGCAGUCGAGCAUCUGCUGUUUAUGGGCACCAAGAAAUAUCCAGAGGAGAACGAGUACAACCAGUAUCUCUCAUCGAACUCUGGAGGCUCCAACGCCUAUACAUCGUCGACGUCGACCAACUACUACUUCGAUGUGUCUAGUCAGCCGCACAACGGCAAGGAGGCAUCAGCCGAGAACCCGUCGCCUUUGUACGGUGCUCUGGACCGAUUCGCCCAGUUUUUUAUCCAGCCUUUGUUCCUGCCCUCCACCGUGGAUCGUGAACUUCGUGCCGUGGAUUCGGAGAACAAGAAGAACCUCCAGAACGACCAGUGGCGCAUACAUCAGCUGGAGAAGUCGCUGUCGGACCCCAGACACCCAUUUUGCCACUUUAGCACGGGCAACUUGGAAGUCCUAAAGAUUCAGCCUGAAGCGCGGGGAAUCAACGUCCGCGAUAAGUUUAUCGAGUUUCAUGACAAGCACUACUCGGCAAAUCGGAUGAAGCUCGUCGUUCUGGGCCGUGAAUCGCUGGACGUCUUGCAAGAUUGGGUUGCUGAACUCUUUUCAGGUAUUCCGGACAAGAAUCUGCCGCCGAACAAGUGGACAGACGCCGAGCCCUACGGCCCAGAAUAUCUUGGCCUGCAGACUUUCGCAAAGCCGGUGAUGGAUUCGCGAGAGCUUAACCUCCGUUUUCCAUUUCCGGACGAGUUUCUGCUCCACGAGUCUCAGCCAAGCCGGUACAUCGGCCACCUCAUUGGCCACGAGGGCCCGGGAAGCAUUAUGUCUUAUAUCAAGUCAAAGGGUUGGGCGAACAGCUUAGGAGCCGGGAUGUAUCCGGUCUGCGCGGCAACGCCCAGCGUUUUUGACGUGACCAUACGAUUAACCGAAGAGGGCUUGAAAAAUUACAGGGAAGUUGUUAAGGUCGUCUUCCAGUACAUCUCUCUUCUCUGCGAAUUCACGCCUCUGAAGUGGAUUUACGACGAACAGAAGGGCAUGGCGGACGUCGAUUUCCGAUUUAUGCAGAAGGCACCUGCUAGCCGCUUUACAAGCAAGACAAGCUCACUCAUGCAGCGGCCGCUACCUCGCGAGAGGCUUCUCAGUGGAAUGAGCUGCAUCCGGAAGUUCGAACCCGAACUCAUCAAGCAGACGAUUGGUUAUCUGCGGCCUGACAACUUCCGGAUGACCGUGACAUCCCGCACGUUCCCAGGAAAUUGGGACCAAAAAGAAAAGUGGUACGGCACCGAGUACCGGGUUGAGAAGAUCCCAGAAGACUUCAUGGGGGAAAUCCGCCAGGCAUUCUCUGUGCCAAAGAAGGACCGCAUCGCCAAGCUCCAUCUGCCGCACCACAAUCAGUUUGUGCCGACCAAGCUUGAGGUGGAGAAGAAGGAGGUCAAGGAGCCGGCUCCAGCGCCGCGCGUUAUCCGCAACGAUGAGGUGGCCCGGACCUGGUGGAAGAAGGACGAUACCUUUUGGGUGCCCAAGGGCACGCUGUCGGUGAACCUUCGGAGCCCGAUCAUCUUUGCUGGGGCUGAGAAUGUGGUCAAGACCGAGCUGUUCACCGAACUGGUACGGGAUGCUCUGGAAGAGUAUGCGUAUGAUGCAGAUCUUGCCGGCUUGAUGUACAGCGUCGCACUUGAGUCUCGGGCUCUCGUGGUGGAGGUAUCGGGAUACAACGACAAGCUGCCGGUGCUCUUGGAGCAGGUGCUGAUCACGAUGCGCGACCUCGACAUCAAGGACGACCGGUUUGAGAUUGUGAAGGAGCGCAGCAGCCGCAGCCUGCGCAAUUACGGCUUCCAGCAGCCGUACUACAUUGUGCCGGACUAUGUGGCCUGGCUCACGUCGGCAUCGUCCUACACGGUGGAGGAGAUGGCAUACGAGCUGCCGGCUAUCACGGCCGAGUCCAUGCGGCGGUUCGUCAAGGACCUACUCGGCCAGCUGCACCUCGAGACCCACGUCCACGGCAACAUCUACAAAGAGGACGCACUGAAGCUGACAGACGCCAUUGAGUCGACACUCCGCCCACGCCCCCUGCCAAAGGCGCAGUGGCCUGUCUGGCGCGAUGUUGUGCUGCCGCCAGGCUCCAACUAUGUCUUCAAGAAGAAGUUGGAGGAUAAGGAAAACGUCAACCAUGCGAUCGAAUAUCUCCUGCACAUUGGCAGCCGAUCAGACCGUAGAGCCCGGGCGCUCACGCUUCUGCUCGACCAGCUCACGCACGAGCCGGCAUACGACCAGCUCCGCACCAAGCAGCAGCUCGGCUAUGUCGUCUUCAGCGGUGCCCGGUCGGGCACCACGGCCCUAGGUUUCCGCUUUCUGGUGCAGAGCGAGAAGGUGCCCGCAUUUCUUGAGGGCCGCGUGGACGCUUUCCUGACCGAGUUUGCCGACACGCUGGCAGAAAUGAGCGACUCGGCCUUUGAAGGCCACAAGCGCAGCCUGAUAGUUAAGCGGCUCGAGAAGCCCAAGAACCUCAAUCAGGAGACGGCGCGCCACUGGGUCCAGAUCUGCAACGAGUACUACGACUUUGAGUUUGCCCAAAAGGAUGCAGCGGAGAUCAAACUGCUGACUAAGGCCGACAUGGUGGAGUUCUACAAGCAAUACAUCCACCCAGAGUCGCCUCACCGUGCCAAGCUCUCCGUGCACCUUGUAGCGCAGGCUGAGAGCGAUGUUACGACGAAGCAGAUCAGCGAGCUGGUGAACACGCUCGACCUGGAUGAUAGCACGGCCAAGCAGGCGGAAGCGGAUCUACAAACACGACUCAACACGGCGCAGCAAAGAGACGAGACAGACGAGAUUGAGGAUCUCCGAAAGUACUUGGCCCAGAGCCUGAAGGUGACGGACGACAAGAUUGACGCGGCCUUGGAGGCGUGGAAACCGGUGUCCGACUACCACAAGGUGGCCAGCGAGAAGGAGGGAGCAGAACUCGCACCAAACGGCACGACGCCGGUACGGAUCGAAAGCAUUCGUGACUUCCGGGCGAGUCUUACGUUGAUGGCCAGGGCGAUGACGACAGACAUUAGCGAGUUUUCGGACGUCGUGACGAAGCUGUGA